GUCGUGACGUUCAAAUCAAUGCGCAAAGAUGUUAAAUCAUUUUGGAUUCGUGACAAUUACAGGGAUUCGAUCUUCAAACCAAUCUCUUACAAGUCCGUGCACUCUAUAUAGUGUUUUCAAAGUUGGAGAACAACCAGUCACAAUUAGAAGCCCUAAUGGAGUGCAGCCUGUCCCUCAUUCUAUAUAUACAGUGACAGGCCAAUUUGAAGGUGUCAUUCCUAGAGAAAAAGACUCUUUUUUCUUCAGUGAGGUCAAUUUGAAGGUUUCAUUUCUAAUCAUAGGGUUUUAAUGGAGCGAAAAGGACUGCUUUUCCUUCCGGUGCUCUUUCUCUCUGUAAUUUUAAUGGCUCUUCUCAAUCUGGAAAAGAGAAAGCACGCCGGCGAAGUCCUGGAGUACGAGAGCCACGGCUGGUUCAGAGAAUCCGCCGCUUGGGACGCAAAAGGCCGGAGAUUUCUCGUUUCGUUCAUGGAAGGCGGCCUGGGACAGAUCGGCGAGACUUCAAAGGAAGAAUAUACAGUCGUAAAGGACGGUGAUUACGCCGGCAAAGCAACGCUAGGGUUAGAAAUCGACCUCCCCCGGGGUCGAACCCUGGUCGCUGUCGCGGACCUGUUUGGGAAAAAUUACAGCGCCCUGGCUGCCUACGAUAUGGCCACGUGGCAGCGGAUUUUCCUCGUCCAGCUCAGCAGCGCGGGAGCUAAGUCCCUGGCCGAUGACGUGGCAGUUGACGCGGAAGGUAACUCUUACGUCACGGAUGCGUAUGGCAACGUCAUCUGGAAGGUGAGUCCGGAGGGUUCUGUGGUGGCCGUGAUUUCUAGCCCGGCGUUCAAUUCCGUUCCGGCGACGUUGCCGUUUAAUAUGGUGGGGUUGAACGGGAUUGUUUAUCACCCUGGCGGUUACCUGCUGGCGGUUCACACUUGGGCUGGCGUUCUGUUUAAGAUUAGCCUUGACGGUCAGCACGUGACCGCGGUGAAUAUGAGCAGCUUUUUGGUGAUGGGUGACGGCUUGGAGCUGCUUACGCCUGAGCGGCUGGUCGUAGCGGGUAUGCCCUCCGCUAGGAUUGUUGAAAGUAGGGAUGACUGGCGGUCUGCUAAACUGACUCACAGGUACGUGGGGCCCAUGCAUCGUGGUGCUACUGCGGUUACGGUUAAGGAUGGUAAGGCGUUUGUUAGUCAUAUUUUGGGUUUGGGGUUGAGGAAAAGGACGCACCUUAUUACCGAGGCUGUUUUUAAACCAGUCAGCCUUUAGGUAAAAGAGGUAGUUUUUAUGGUUGGGGGGUUGACAUUUAGGUGAAGAGUAGUUAAAGUCUUGUGAUUUCAGUUCACCCAAGUUGUAUGUUGUGUUAGAUGGACUUUCAAUUAUUAUUUAGAUAAUAUAGUUAGGGUGUUUAUGGUUUUUUUAAAGUUUAAAUAUAUAUGAAAAUAAAAUGGAGUUGUCAAAUUAAAUGAUUAUCUUAUAAAAAAGAGAAUAUAUUUUGUCUAUAACAAGUGAGUUUGGUUUAUGGGAGCAUGAGGUGAAAUCUUGUACCUUUAAGUUAAAUUAUUAAGAAGGGGACAUUAUAGAUUUCUUGAUAAUGAAAGGCAUUGAAGUUUUAUAGA